AUGAUUGGAGUUGUUGUUCCAUUAAAUGCCAUAUUCUCCUUGCAUGCAGUUUUUGUUAAGAAAAAAAUGGGAAAAGCACUUUGGUGGUGUUUGGUUUUCACAUGCCUUUUGGUUCCUCUAGCAGGUGCUGCUGCUGAUUGGAACAUACUGAAGCUGCAGACACAUGAUGGAUUGAAGAUCAGCUUGAAGAACUAUUGUGAGAGUUGGAGGAUGAAUGUGGAGCUGCACAACAUUAGAGAAUUCCAAGUUGUGCCUGAAGAGUGCAUUGAGUACAUUGGGAAAUAUGUCACUUCCACACAGUACAAGGUGGACUCACAGAGGGCAACUGAUGAGUGUUUGGUUUAUCUCAGCACAAGCUGUAAUCUGAAGAAAGAUGGAUUGGAUGCUUGGAUUUUUGAUAUUGAUGAUACCCUGCUUUCAACUGUUCCUUACUACAAGAAUAAUCAAUAUGGGGGAAGGAAACUGAAUGUGACAUCUCUAGAAGAAUGGAUGAAAAAGGGUAAUGCACCUGCUCUUGAUCAUUCAUUGAAGCUUUACAAUGAACUCAAAUCCAGAGGUGUGCAAAUCCUUCUGGUUACUUCAAGGAAGGAGCAUCUCAGAUCAGUCACAGUUGACAACCUUGUCAAAGUUGGUUAUUAUGGUUGGACUAAAAUUGUCUUUAGAGAUCCUGCAAAUGAAUUGGCAUCAGUGCAAAAGUAUAAAUCUGACGCGAGAAAGCAAAUAACAAAUGAAGGUUAUCGCAUUUGGGGCAUUCUUGGGGACCAAUACAGUAGCAUUGAAGGGAUUCCAAGCCCCAAAAGGGCAUUUAAACUACCAAAUCCGAUGUACUAUGUUGCCUAA